CGAUCUGUGAAGAGCAAUGUUGAAAUUCGUAGUGGUCUUGUCUUUUGUCGCUUGUGCUUUGGCUGGCACCAUACCCGAAGGUAUGGUCAGGCUAAGCGACGAUUUGAGUGGACGUAUUGUUGGUGGUACACCAACAACCAUCAGUUCAUUCCCAUGGCAAAUAUCGCUCCAACGUUCCGGUUCCCACUCAUGCGGUGGCUCCAUCUAUAGCAGCAACAUUAUUGUGACCGCUGCUCACUGUUUGCAAUCGGUUAGUGCUUCGAUUUUGAGAAUCCGAUCCGGAUCCACCUACUGGAACUCUGGUGGUGUUCUCGUCUCUGUCUCUACUUUCAAAACCCACGAAGGCUACAUCGCAUCAACUUACAGCAACGAUAUUGCCAUCAUCAAGCUAGCCUCCUCUCUGUCAUUCAGCUCGACCACUAGGGCUAUUGGUUUGGCUACCAGCACACCCCCCUCUGGCGCAUCUGCAGUAGUAUCCGGUUGGGGUACACUCUCAUCUGGCUCACGUAGUAUUCCCAGACAAUUGCAAUAUGUCGGCGUAGAUAUCAUCGAUCGUAGCAUAUGUGCCUCCAGCUCAUUCAGGUAUGGUUCUGCCGUUAAACCCGGCAUGGUCUGCGCUGCUGCCAUUGGUAAGGAUGCCUGCCAAGGCGAUUCCGGUGGUCCAUUGGUAUCCGGUGAUGUACUUGUUGGUGUUGUUUCAUGGGGCUAUGGCUGUGCUGCCGCUCGCUACCCCGGUGUUUAUACCGAUGUCCCCACCUACCACUCCUGGAUUGUGGAGAAAGCAAACUCCAUCUAAAGUACCCAAUAUUAUGAAAAGAGUUAUAAUAAAGCUUGCGAUAUGAAAAUAUAAA